CUACAAAUCCAUAGUACAAAUAUGUAUGAAUAACGUAAUGAAAGGGACAUAUCAAAUCAACCAAAAGGCCUAGUUUCCAUCCCCCUUCAGCGAAGAAGACGUCAACGGAGAAUAUAAGAAUAUAAGAGAGAAAGAGAGGAAAAAAAGAACAUGGAUCUCGAUCAGGAAAGUAUGGAUAAUUCCACCGACAACAGCACAAUUUUCGUUCUGGCUAAAGAGGAUGUAUACAUUUUUGAUAAUAUCUACGUCAGAAUCUUUUUCAUCUCCAUAUACACCAUCGUCUUCUGCCUUUGCUUUUUCGGUAAUUUCUUGGUAAUAAUGGUUGUGACAUUAAGCAGACGACUCAGGUCAAUCACGAACUUUUUCCUCGCCAAUUUGGCCGUGGCGGAUUUUUGCGUCGGCAUAUUCUGCGUCUACCAGAAUCUCCUUAAUUACCUCAUCACCGACUGGAUCCUGGGCGACUUUCUCUGUAAGAUGUAUCACUUCAUCACGUCUUUGAGCUACACGGCAAGCAUCUUUAUACUGGUCGUCAUCUGCACCGAACGAUACUUCGCCAUCAUCUAUCCGAUCACCUGCAAACAGAUUUUAACACCGAGACGAUUAAGGCUGGUGAUCCUUGCCGUCUGGAUAAACAGCGCUCUGUACAGCGCACCAAAAUUCUUCUGGUUCAACACCGUGUCCAACUACAUGGACAACGGAAGGACGGAGAUCUUCUGCGCCCCCAACAGGAGCAAAUACAAUUCCGAACUGUUCGACAUCAUCAAUUUCGUUUUCCUCUACGUCAAUCCUUUGUUAAUAAUGACGGUAUUAUACACAAAGAUUGCAGUUAGACUAUGGAAAAGUUCCAGACAAUUGGAAAAGCAGCUAAACGCUAACGCCAAUUCAACAAAUCAGACAUUAUGCAGACGUCAAUCGAGCAGGUACAAAAAUCACGUUGAUGGAAAUAAGGUGACCAAUGGUGAUUCGAAGAUGUUGCAGAAUCCCUUGCUGAGCAAUCCGAGCUCCAGUCAGAACGUCCUGAGGGCGAGACGAGGCGUAAUCAGAAUGCUGAUCAUAGUGGUCUUGACGUUCGCUUUGUGCAACCUCCCUUUGCAUGCCCGAAAAAUGUGGCAGUAUUGGUCCAAUUCUUAUCAGGGCGACGACACAUUUUCCACUCUCCUCACGCCACUCACUUUCCUCGUGACCUACUUCAAUUCUGGCGUUAAUCCAUUACUCUAUGCCUUCCUCUCCAGGAAUUUCAGACGAGGUAUGCGAGAGAUACUUCUUUGUUCGCACCAUGGAAGAAGACAACCCAGUCAUAGGAAUCAAAAUAUGAUUGGUUUACAAGGAGGAAUACAAAGGCACGCUUCGACGAGAUCCACGAUCAAGAACAACGCUACUACAGUGACCAUUUUGCAUAACGAACCGAGCUCCGAAUGUUCGCAUGAACUUUGAGGGUGUCCACCAAUCUCGGAAUACGGAUAGUCAAAUACAACGAUUCAUGGGUCAAGCUUGUAUUUAUUUAUUUUCUGUUUACUAAUAAUAAUAAUGUAUUGCGUUUUGUCUCCAGUUUGUUGUAAUUGUGAAUGGUUCGAAUCACUUGAACCCAUCAUGCGUUUGGUUUAAGUUUUUUUUUUCCUUUGUAGAUACA